CGACACAAAUGGCGUUAAGCAAGAUGACAAGAAUAUUCAAGAGAUUAUAGAUGCUGCAAUUUCUGCCGGUUCUUUAUCAGCUAUUGUAAUCAUUGCAAAUGGAAAUGAAGCUAGAGUUACUCCAACAAUCAAGAAUACAUUGGUUAGAUUGUCAAAUAACCUUCCCGAUGAUCUUCUGGAAGAUGAUAAAGAUGAACGUUUCAAUGUUGAACAUCAUUGGGAAAUGUCUCUUAAUACAAUUGAUAGAUUAUUGGAAGCAAUUACUGAAUUAUCUUUUACUUCGACCAAAGCCUUUGAAAAUAUGAGAGAUUACAGAAACAAAAUCAAAUCUGAAAUCGCUAAAGUGACACAAGAUAUUACAAAUAUCCAACGAGUUCAAGAUUGCCUUGAAGCAGCUCAGAAAGCAUUACAAAAAACUGGCAAUCAAAAGAAUUCCUAUUCUAAUUAUACAAAAACUGAAACAAUCACUCUCGACAAAAUUGUUCCCUCUAACUACCAUAGUACUAUUUGUACCCUUCAUGACAAAGAAAAAAUUUGUCAUGACGGUUGUGGACUUAGUAUGGAAACAAGUUCUGGAACUGAUCACUUUAUUCGUUGCUAUUGUAUGGGAUCAAACAAUUUAUGUAGAGUAUGUAAUUGUGGUCCUAGGAGCCACUAUCACGCCAUGGUCAAAUUGGUUAAGGAAACUAAAACAUUAAGUAAAGUUCUUGAAGACAUGAAAGCACAAUAUGAUAUGGCCAACCAACAAUAUCAAAAAUACAGUACUGAUGCAAAAAAUUAUCAAUCAUCACUUUCAAACCUCCAAGCUACUGCUAACGCUAAAUAUGAAGUUAUCCACAAACUUUGUAAAGAUUUAAGUAAAAUUUGUUCUCGGUUUAAUUUUGUUGAUGAACUUCAUGCAAAUAUUGAAAGCAUGAGACAAGAUGCGAGAUUAAUACAAAAUGUUAAUAUACGAAGGAAUGCUGAAGCAGAGAUUCAAAGACUUGAGAAAUUAGCUACAGAUUUGUCAUCCAAUCGAGGAAAUGU